AUGACCAUUUAUAUACCUUCUUCUAAAACAGCACACAUUUCUCACACUUCAUCUUUUUUUUCAUCCGUCUCAAGAUCCUCUUCCUUUAUCAACCAGUCAUCCUUUUCUUCUUCUUCUUCUACCUUUUCUACAUCUUCUACAUCUUUAUCUUCUUCUUUAUCAACUCCAGCAUCCAUCGAAUCUCUGCUACCUUUAAAAGUCGUUGCUUAUAAUGGAGGUGACCAUGGUGAGGCUUACGCAGUACAUAACCUACUUUCUCGUUAUGAUAACGUCUAUUGUGCUCGACGAAAUCACUGCAGUGUCGUACUUUCCCUAGCAGGUACCUCCACUGUAGCACCUUUCCCUGGAUCUUCUCCAUUUCCAUUCUUUUCACCCAUGCCCAUGGUUACUGAAAUUAACCUCGUGGCCCCUCCUCAAAAUAAUUAUACCUCUCCAGUCCAAUCUGUGGCCAUUUUUGGUGCUGUUUUCUAUUCACCAGAUCUCAUUAAACGUGCAGAUGAAUAUAUCGCAAAUUCCCCCGUGGCCCCAUUAUUUGCCGGUGAAUGCGAAUACGACGCUGUAGCUACUCGUGAGCUUUUCGCAAGUGAAUUACUACAACAACAACAACAACAACAACAACAACAACAACAACAACAACAACAACAACAACAACAACAAACCCCGGAAUCUUUACACAACCACAUAAUCCCUGUACAUUAUCACUUGUGUACUCCUAAAUACAAAUGCAACCCAACAACUUUUGCCCAAGAACUUGAUGUUGCUCCUAAAAAAUUAUCUUAUACUGAAGAAGAUGAUGAUUCAAACUUAUGUGGUCAUUCAAAUUCUCUUAAUUGCUCUCCCUACUCAUACGUGAUCCCAACAUCACUCCCUGACACGCUGGCGUCGUCAGGCGAACUGAGACCACUUGCUUUAGCUGCAAUUCCUGGGAAUUCAGAUGGUCCCUGUGGUCUUCAUCGACACUUGCGGUUAAGAUUUGCUCGAGGCGGUGUUCAUGUGCGGUAUCUUGUUGUGAGGUUUUCCAAUACAACAACGCGUGGGGACUCGAAUGUAGAUGUGGAGAGUUUGAGUGUUCAUGGUACGACAAGUGAAGGGUUAAGUGUUGAGAUGAUUUAG